UCUCUUUUUUUAUUCUUUUCUUUCACUUGCGGCCGGCUAGUGUGUCUUUUGGACCAUUAUAUCUAUUUUCUAUCAGAAUAAUGGCAAUUGGAGAUGUUAAAACUGCUCAAGGUCUCAAUGAUCUGAACAAAUAUUUGGUUGAGAGAAGUUAUCUCUCGGGAUACACUCCCUCUCAAGCCGAUGUUCAAGCGUUCGAACAAGUCGGCAAAGCACCGGCCGCCAGCUUGCCACACGCCCUCCGCUGGUAUAGACAAAUUGCUUCGUACACACCUGCUGAGCGUAAAGCUUGGCCCGCUGGUGAGAGCCCUCUGACAGCGGGAGGUAAACCUACUACAGCCGUAGCCCCAGCUAAGGACGACGACGAUGACGACGUUGACUUGUUUGGUUCUGGUGAUGAGGAAGAAGAUGCUGAGGCAGCCAAAAUUCGUGAAGAGCGUCUUAAGGCUUAUGCAGAUAAAAAGUCAAAGAAACCUGCUCUCAUUGCCAAAUCAUCCAUAGUCCUUGAUGUGAAACCUUGGGAUGAUGAAACAGAUAUGAAAGAAAUGGAAAAGAAUGUUCGUACUAUUGAAAUGGAUGGUCUCUUAUGGGGUGCAUCUAAACUCGUUCCUGUUGGUUAUGGUAUCAACAAACUACAAAUUAUGUGUGUUAUUGAAGAUGACAAAGUCUCAGUCGACCUUCUAACGGAAAAGAUCCAAGAAUUUGAAGACUUUGUACAGUCUGUAGAUAUUGCUGCCUUCAAUAAAAUCUAAAUGAAGCCAUAAUUUAACAUCUUUCCAAUAAAACCAUGCUUUAAUA